AUGUCGAACCUACGCUAUAGUGCUGCAAAUACCUCUAGAGUCAAUAAAAAGAAUCCCAUAUCUCCUAUCAAGAAACAUAAAACCCAGUUGAAGAAAAUACUUACUCAGCAAGAACGCUAUAAGCAAAACUUGAAGAAAAAUGAGCUAAGUCCAUCGCCAAAUAUUACUAAGACAAAGGAAGAUGAAAAACUCGUUAUUGAAAACUAUGACGUGCAGCUAGAUUUUCAACUUUCAAGUAAUGAUGAUAUUCUAGUUGCUAUCGAUACGAUUUUGGAAAACCAAUGGGCAGAAUCGACUUUCUUGCACUCGAGAUUUCAUUCAAAUGAAAUUGUUGAAAAAACCAACCCAAAGGAGAACCUACUAUUCCUGUUGAGUGGAUUAUCGAUGGAAACCAAGGCUGACAUAAUCAAGUACCGCAAGGCAUUUUUAUCUGAGGGAUUGGUUACUUUGAACCAGUUGUAUUCAAUAUAUGAUCAUCAAGGUCAAACUUUUGUAGAUCGAAGUCUUGAAAUAAAGAUCAGACAAGGAAAAUUGAAAAAGUUCAUUAUAACCAAUGCCUCGCCUAUUAUAUCUCGGUCUCCUCAAAAAUGGCAGAGUGGUAAAACAACUUACGGGUUUGAAAAUGCUGAAGUUAUAGCCAAAACUCAAGAUUAUUUAAAUUUGAUUAAACGAGAUAUCACCAAACUUGAAAAUUCGGAUGAUGACUUUUUGUUAUCGAGUUUGAAGAAGUUCCAUACUUUUGUUGAGAACAAUCCCACCUCAUUAUUCAUUGGUGAAAAUGAGCUUUUAGAUAAGAAGGAGUUGUCGUCACUAGUUCGUUUAGGUUACGUUACUUUAACGUCUAAUCAUUUGAAUGAAAUUGAGUCUCAUCACUAUUCAAUUUCAUAUCCAAAUUGUGGUACUUUUUUAAAAUUGGUCAACUCGGGUAGAUCAUGGCUAGUUAAAUUAUUGACCAAGACUAAAUUUAAGCAAAUAUUAGAAGAGUCUUUAUUUAAUAAAUGGGAAGGGCUAAAUUCACAAGGUACUAACAAGAUGAAUAAUUUCAGAAAGCCUUUUUACGGUUACGAUUUACAUUGGAUAUUGGCCGAUAGUUUAGGGGCUGGUAUAAUAGAAGUUUUCAAUACUCCUGUCGGCAGGGGAUGGCAAUUAACAGGUAAAUUAUGA